AUGUCUAAAACAUUAGCAGAUGGAAACCUGUCUUUGGACAAAAGAGACAAAUGGACGGAUAUGUUGUUAAGGUGGUCGUGGGGGGGGGGGGGGGGGGGGGGGGGGGGUUAUCAAACUCUUAUCAGUGCUGAUAUGGAGAGAAAGCUUGACCAUAUGGAACACUUCUUAUUGAGCCCAAGGCUUUUCAUACAUCCUUAUACAAGAAAAUGUGUUAUUUUCUCCUUUAAACUCGACAACUGCAUCAGGGGGAGACAAAAGGUGAGGGAGGGGGAGACAGAAGGUGAGGGAAGACAGGAAAGAGUUUUUGAACACCAGCUGCUCGACAAAACUCCUCAACGAAAAAUCUGGUCAAGAGUGUGUUUGUACUUGGAAACUGAUGGUGAUCGAACCCAACUGCCAUCAACUAAUUUGGUUCAGGGGGAGACAGAAGGUGAGGGAAGACAGGAAAGAGUUUUUGAACACCAGCUGCUCGACAAAACUCCUCAACGAAAAAUCUGGACAAGAAGUUUUAGAGGUUUAAUGAAGAUUUCAACACUUAAAACUUCUGUUUUAAACCCAGACAACAAAGCUUACUUCAAAUCAAGAUUUAGAGUGGUAUCAGCCACUUGGUCAGAUGGAUGCAAUCAACGUUGACUAUCAGUAUGACCGGAAUUAUAUUGAAGGUGCAAAGAGUGGUAGAAGAUCAUUUGUAAAGCAGCAAAGUAAAAUAAAAUUGACUCAAGCAACAUACUUUACUGUAGCUACCAAUUAGAACAAUGUACUAUACUUCCAAUCAAAAGUGACACCUUCCGACCCCCGCAACGCGGGGGUCACCUUUCUAGUUUUAA